GAUCAAACUGCUCCCAGUUUGACAUGCGAUGCAUUGUGCGGGGUGGGAGCUGAUCACCCGCGCGCUUUAACUGCGUGCGUAGGAAACCGGGAGUUAGUCCAGGACACAAACCCUAUACAAGUCCUCCGCGCGACCCGGUCCAACGAAAUUGAAUUGAAAUUCUUUCAUCCCUCACGCGAAUCACAAAGGGCUUUCUUGUGUUACACGGGGCGUUUGGCAGGAAAAAAUCAGUGUAUUCCUUAGUUUGAGUGAUGCGAAACGACCGCUGUGGCGACCUGCAUCUGCUCCUUGUCCAUAAUACAUGCAAACUAGGAUCCCCGUCGCGCCGCUCCAGGGGCAAGGUUUCUCAGCAGGCGGCCACAACUUGAGAUUAAGUAAAACACUUGAAACGUCCACAUUCUGCAUUAGGCUGUAUUUAACACACAAAACAUAUCCACCGUCUUAUUAAGUUGUACGACGUCGGGGCAACUGACAACUGGCCCGUCGCUUUCAGUUCAUCAGCGCGCUGAAGCGCGCGGUCGUCGCAGCGGGAGCGUGCGCUAACGAGCUUUCUCCACCCCGCUGUGCGCAUUCAUCCCGGGGCUGUAACUUAAAAUGUGCUCAUAACCUUCAGACCGUGCAAUGUACCGAAAGAGGUCUCAGGACGGCCGGGGAUUCAUUUACUUGUAAUCCUCUCUCUUACUGAAGAGGAGGAGGCGGCGCGUUUGAUUUUGGGUUCAGUUACCAGUACAAAGUCAAGCAAUAAAAGCCGAUGGAUAAAUUUAACUACGUUAGAAUCUCACUGUCACUCUGUGGAAGAUUUACUGUAGAUAUUUAACCUUAAACGUCCUGUUGUUGAAAAGGUUGUGUUGCAAAAGGUAAGGAUUCUCCACCUCGAUAACGAGAUUUGUUUAGUAACAUUUAAAAUACACUUAAUUUAUUGAUUAUCUAGUGUCUAAGUGUGCCUAUUGAAAGUAAUUAGUUAAACCGUUUUCUAAACUCUCACGCGCGGACCCUAAGCAUAUUCAUGCAGUCAGGUUAAUCUGUAUACCUAUUUACAGAAAUUAGAAAGGUAAUAACAAUCUUGACGUUUACGUGAUUAACAUAAGAAAACUUUGGAUUGUGAAGUAUAUUAAUGAAAUUAUUACAAAUGAAAUAUAAAGUGAAAUGAUAUAUAAAAAAAUGAUAAAAAUACAACCCCACCAAAAUUUUAAAUUUGAUAAAUUACAUACAGACCAUGUCAAAAACAAAAGUAAUUCUUGAUCUGGAUUUAAAAACACCUAGAGCUGCAUUCCUGAUAUGUUCAGGAACGUUAUUCCAUAGUUUAGAAGAAAAAAAGUAAUCCUGUGGCGUGCUUUCAGACAUGCCUUGUGCUUGUUGUUUGCCAGUUUAUUUUCAGUUCACGCUUCUGAAUCUGAACAUUAUUUGUGCGUCAUGACGGUGACGUAUACCGCGAGAGUGGCCAACGCGCGCUUCUGUGGCUUCUCAAAGCUGCUCCUCGCGUGGAAAGGAAGUAUUUAUAAAGUUUUGUAUAAGGAGUUUUUGGCUUUUUUCGCCAUGUACACCGCCAUCAGCAUUACAUACAGGCGAGUGAUUAAGUUUCUUAUUUUUAUGGGCCUAAAAUGAAUUGUAGACUAGCUCCAGAGCUAAAUUUGCUGCAUGCAUCGUGUGUUCAUGUUUCUUUCCAGGUUCUGUCUUUUAGAAGAACAAAAGAGAUACUUUGAAAGACUCUCAAUUUACUGCAACCAUUACGCCAGCCUCAUUCCGAUGUCUUUCGUGUUAGGAUUCUACGUUACCCUGAUAGUAACCCGCUGGUGGGAUCAGUACACUUCCAUCCCUCUCCCGGACACAAUUAUGUGCACGCUGUCGGGGGGCUUACAAGGCGCGGAUGAGCGCGGCAGGUUACUGCGGCGCACGCUGAUGCGAUACGCUAGUCUGUCCGCCAUCCUCAUCCUGCGCUCCGUGAGCACCGCCGUUUUCAAGCGCUUCCCCACAAUGGACCAUGUGGUGGAAGCAGGUUUUAUGACACGUGAAGAGAGGAAGAAGUUUGAGGGUCUGCACUCUCCCUACAAUAAAUACUGGAUCCCGUGUGUGUGGUUCACCAAUUUAGCCGCAGAGGCUCGACUGGAAGGCAGAAUUAAAGACGAUAAUACUUAUAAACUGCUGUUGGAGGAGUUGAAUGAUUUCAGAGGGAAAUGCAGCCUGCUUUUCCACUAUGACAUGAUCAGUGUGCCUCUGGUCUACACGCAGGUGGUCACGCUGGCCGUGUACAGCUUCUUCCUGGUGUGCCUCAUUGGGCGUCAGUUUCUGGACCCUGGCCAGGGUUAUCCGGGUCACGACCUUGACUUGUAUGUCCCUGUCUUCACCCUGCUCCAGUUCUUCUUCUACGCUGGCUGGCUGAAGGUGGCUGAGCAGUUGAUCAACCCAUUUGGUGAGGAUGAUGAUGACUUUGAGUCCAAUUGGCUUAUAGACAGAAACUUCCAGGUCUCCAUGAUGGCAGUGGAUGAGAUGUACGGGGAUCUCCCUGUGAUGGAGCGCGAUCGUUACUGGAACAAUUCGAACCCUCGGCCACCCUACACUGCUGCCACGCUGUUUGUACUGCGCAAACCCUCUUUCCAGGGCUCCACCUUCGACAUGGCAAUUCCCAAAGAAGAGAUGCACUUCCAGCCCCUGGAGGAAAUUGCCGAGAAUACCGAAGAAUCUAUGACUCAGAAUCACAAUCUUACUUGCUUUGACCGACUCCUUGGCUCCACCCCCUCUCCCACAGGCUUUGUGGGUGGAGCUUCUCACAAAACCUCUGCUCAGCUGCCACAACUGACACAUUCUGCCACCUCUGACCCCUCCUACUCAGGCAGGGAGAAGGAGGGAGAUGGAUGCAUGGGAUGGAGAGGGGGAAGAGAAUUACCGCUGCCAGGCUCAGAACAUCACACUCACAGCACCACCUGCAGCUGUGGAGGAACCAUCAACACGUGCACUCUGCUCUCUGCACUGGAGUUCACAGAGAGUCAAGCAAGAGUUGAGAGUGGAGAGACUGAUGGAGCAAAGAGUUCACAGAAGCAGAUGGAGAGAGAGGAUAAAGAGGAGAGUGAAUCACUGCUAAAAAUACCACCUUUAACUCAAGUACCUUUGAGGCCAAAGCAGGACAGGGUAUGUGAACAACCUAAAGCUGUCUGCUCGAGUGCUCUCGCACUGGGCAUAAUGAAGCCUCGAAUCUCCUAUACCAUCGCCACCAAGCACUCCAUACCAGACUUCUCCUUCCAACCAAUCAGAGACCAGGCAAAGAUCAUGACCCCUCAGUCAACCAAUGGCAAAGCGCCAUCUGGCUCGGUUCCAAGUUGUGACGUUCCUUCAUUUCCUGAUCCAAAAUGGCCCUUGCUAUCUGCAGAACACACACAGUGCCGGAGAAGUGUCAGUAUGGGUCCAGAGGUUAUUGGGUUGGCUAAAAAGACUAAGGAAGAAAUUGAGUAACCUUUGGCCUCUUGGCUCUAAGUUAAACACUCAGAUAGCUAUCAAGAUAAUGAUGAGCUGAAUAGGUAGGUAAGUGAGCUAGAAUAUGACAGAUUGACAUGAGAUAGGACUAAAAACACAUUAACAAAACUAAAGUUCAACCAGUUAGUAUUUUGUCCAAAAAUAAAAAUGUUUUUAAUUCAGCUUUGCCCCAGUAUUUAUAUAUAUUUGUAGGAACUUAGCAAGAUGCCAGUCUAUAUUUAGUAAAACUAAAUUACACUCGGAUGUUUGUCAAUUACAAAAAUAUAUGGGCAAGUGAAGGACCUACAUGUACUCUAACCUUCAUUAUGAAAGUAUCCAGCCAAACCUGUCACCAUGAACGUUUGCAAAGCCUUUGAGCGGUAAGAGUGGUAGAGCUGGGACUGAUAUAAAACUUUAGAAAAGAAAUUAGCAACUACCGUGUAACUUUAUAUAACUCUCUCUCUCUCUCUCUCUCUCU